AUGCAAGAGCGUGAGCGGUUGCUGGAGGAGUACAAGGGCCUCCAGGCCAAUUUGGAAGAGGCGUUGGAAUUGAAGCAGAGCAACCAGGCCGAUGACGAGGUGGAUGCGAUCAUCGAGGAGAUCAAGGCCGAAUUGCGUGGUGCCGUUGAGUCUCUCAACGCCGUUGAGGAUAUCGAGCCGACGCCAGAUUUGACGAAAGCUUUGGAUGCUGACGGCAAACCCGUCAUUUGCUACCAAGAGGCUGCCCCGUACGAGGUUCAUUUCGACGAUGUGACGUGGUACAGCUGCGUUAUCACAGAGGCCCUGCAACCCGAAACGCCGCUGGAUCGCAUUCGCUACAAGGCGUGGAUCUUGGGCUACAACGUGGAGGAGGAAGUGCACAGUGAGCAGUUGCGUGCGUGGCAACCGCCCCCGGCAGAAGGGGAAGGGUCGUUGCGCUCUGGUGUGGUAUGCCAUGCAAUCGAUCCCCACACAGGGAAGUUUCGCCCGUCAAAGGUAGAGCGUCUCACCCUUGCUAACACCGUUAUUGUAGCGUUUGAAGCUGCAUCGAAGGAGUCGGAUGAGACAACUGCGCAGACGGAUGCUGCAGCUGGUGCCGCUGCCGCUGCAGCUGUGGAGGAGGUGCCGCUCUCGCACGUGCGUGUGGGACGAUUUUACGAGAAGUUGCGUAAACGGCCGUCACUCACGCCGGAAGAGCGUUCAAAGCGGCGCGCGGAGAACUUGGAACGCAAGCGGAUGCGUCUGCAGGCGAAGAGACAGCUAGAGGCCGACGUGGCGGCGCAGAGCGCGAACGAUUGGCAGAGACUUGUGAACGACAUGGGAAUGGGUGGCGGGCCCAAGAAGCGGAGACGCUGA